AUGUUUAUCGUUGGCUUAACAGGUGGGAUAGCGACUGGUAAAAGCACAGUUUCAAGCCUACUUAAAGAUCUAGGAUGUCCGGUCGUGGAUGCAGACCACAUUGCUCGGGAAGGUGAGAUAAUUGAAAGCAUGCAAUUUAAUUCACUAAACAUAUAGUUUAAAACCAUAAUGGGAGAUAAGAUGAGAUAAAUACAUCUUAUUAGACGUUUUCGUUUGUAGUAUUUUUGAGUAUUUUUACGAAUUGUGCCGUAUUUUGACGAGCUCGAGGACUGAUCAAACAACAACUUUAUGGGAGUAUGUGCUGGGCAAUUUAGUUGGUAAUAUUUCAUUGUAUAGCCUCCUUAAUUCAAAGGUUUUUUUUUUAAUUGAAAUCUUCUCCCUCUAUUUCAACCCAGAGAUAUAAUCAAUGUCUUUAUUACCUUGUUUUCUUGGUUGGUACAAUGAGAUGUAGAACUUGGUUUUUUCCUCUUGGUACAUAACUUAGCGUAUGGACCAUGACCCUGGUUAGUAUUAUUGGAAUAUACAGGGAAGGUAUCUCCUUCACAACCCCUCCUCAUUCAGUUAAACCUUUAAACCCUAAUAGUGACGAACAUCUUGUUUCUUCCAACAAUAUCACUUGUGAAUCACACAGUAAGGUCAUGAGAAUUAAGGAUAUGGUCACCAUGGAAGGAACCCUUUGAUUGGCCAACAAAUUCUCCUUGUCAGCACCUCAGGAAUUGUAUAAAGAACAGUCUGGAGAGUAUGCAUACUGAUGUUAGGGUGUAAAGGGUUAAACCUUCUCAUUAUUUCACAACCUUGCAUUCACACUUGAUUUUACUAGUGAGUUCUUUUUUUCAUGAGAAGGUAACAAACUUUUCUUCAACAAUUUUUAGUUGUUGAGCCUCACAGGCCAGCAUGGAAGGCUAUAGUAAAGAACUUUGGAAGUGAUAUUUUACUUUCCAAUGAGGAGAUUGACAGGGAGAAACUUGGAAAAAUCAUCUUUGGAGAUGAUGCCAAAAGACGUAUUCUGAACAAGUGCACUCAUCCUGCUAUUUAUCAUUCAAUUUUAUGGACCUUGUUGAGGAAUUUUUUUUCAGGUCUGUUUAUUUUUUUACUUCUUGCAAGGUUGUUAUUGAGUAAUUUUGGGAGACCUGUUAUUGUGAAUCAUAUAAGUUAAACAUUACUUGCACAAACACCAAAGAGAUUAAUUCUACUUUGUUGUUGAAAGUACAUGAUUGUACUUAUGCUCAAUGGUCAAUGAGUGUUGGUCAAUGAGUUUUAGCAUAGAUCUAUAUUUAUAUCAAUUGAGGACUGAUGUUAUGGGUGAAGCCUGCAAUUUAAUCUGAAAAAUUUAGAAGCUACAUGUACUUGCCAUCAGCUCUGAUUUAUAUUCCUCUUUCAGAUCUGUUCUUUUACAACAAUGACUUCCAGUAAUUAGCCACCAUUGUACAAGUUUUUUACAGAAUUAUGUUUUCCUAGAUAGACAUCUAAGAACUAUGUGUAAUUUGUUUUAGUUUAAAAACUUUGCUAGUUGUAUGAGAGAUAUUGUUAGCCAAUGGUUUGUUUGUAGGUCAGACAUCAAAGGGUCUGGAUUUAAAUCUAGGCCACUGUGUCACUGACUCAUAACCUCUGCUAUUUCCCAUACUUAACAAAUAGAGAAGCCUCAAUUGUGCUCUUUUCUGUUGUAAAGCAUGUAGGAAGCAGCUAGAGCACAAAAGAAGUGUAGUGAGAAACAAAGAGUAUAUCUUCUGUUUCUCCCCACUUCACUUGAUUAGAAAUUUAACAUUCAAUCAAUGAAAAAAGGCUUGAGAGAAUUCCCAGAAAAGGUUGGACAUAGUACAGUUUGGUAGAUGACCUGACAGCUUUAGCUCAGCUCUAUGCUUUGUACUCUGAUAGAGCAUGCUCUUUCCACCAAUGACAGUGCAUGUUAGAUCCAAACUUUAAUUGUUAAUGGAAUUAGGUCAGCUGCAACAUUAUUGAUUGUUUUGCACUACACAAACUGAGACUAACUGCAUGUACACAUAAGAUAAAGUGUGACACUUAGCCUGCAAAUGGACUCUUAAUAGAUGAAUACAAUAAAAUGUCAGGUUUUUUUAAAAGUUAGAGUUUCAUAAGUCUUGUUAAACACUCAUCAAAAUUUUUUUUUCAGGGGGGUACCCUGAAAUUCAAGAAUACACUGAUGGCAAGAUUCAUUGCCUCUGUCUCAAGUACAUGUAGUGUUACACUUGAAAUGAGGGAAUUCACUUUGAGUUAUUUUUUCUGUUCACUUAUUCUCCAGUCCAUGACUGUCUACAGUGUGGGCAAUUUCCAGUUUAUGUUUGAGCUGGCACUCCUACCCAGAAGAAUGGACCUGUCUCAGACAACCACUAGAAUCAGGCCCAAUCAUUGCUGUCCCUCUUAAAUCCCAUUUUUCACUAUGUUUUCACAAAGGAAGUUAAGAUGUCCUACAAAAUUUGUAUCCCAAUAUUGUACUUCUACUGAAAGUAUUUUUCAAAUUCUUUGUAGGGGAAAAGUUUGUAAUACUUGACCUGCCACUUAUGUUUGAGACUGGGAUUGCCUUGUAUCUGAUGAAAGAAGUUGUUGUAGUUUACUGGUAAGUAAUUAUGUGUAUGCCACAUAAUUGCAUUUUAGUUUUCCUCCCUGAUAUUAGAGGCAGCUCAGCCCAAUUUACUGGGUGGGAGGUCUGUAUAUAGGGAAAAAAAAGCCUUGAAUACAGCCCUCAGUCUUCAGCCUUAGGUUGUACUCAUGACCAAGGGCAAAGGUUUUCAAUACAGAUGGACCAACACAGGUACAAAAUACCUUGUCCUUUUUAUCUGCUCAUUUUUUUUUCCUGCUUGUUUGCUUUUUCCUGCUUUGCUCAGAAAAAUUCUGAAUUGGGGUCCAUAUUGUAAAUAGCUGGUCAGGAGCAUUUAAGUGCAUGUUAUUAGCCAAACAGAUUGGAGAAAUUAAGAUUUUGGCCUACUACAAUGCGUCACAAUAAAACAAAAACGAAAUAACUGCUGGUGCAAAUUGAAUAUAAAAACAUGUAGGAAUUACAUAGAAUUUUGAAUUGGGUCAGGAGCCCUUGAUCUUUGAUUUCUGUGAUUGGUUAUUCAUUGUGAUUGGCAUCAAUAAUACAAUGUACAUGAUCAAAUUGUCACAGAGGUUUUAUCUGAUAUAUUUCAUCCCUAAAAAGUGUCAAGGAUCUAAUUUCUUUUCACAAUAUUACCCCUGAAUCACACAUUAAGUUCACAGGAAAUAUUCACCAUGAAAAACUAAUUAAAGAAACUCUUGAUUGUUAAAUAAAUUCUCCUUGCCAGUGCCUUAUAAAAUGUAUAGAGAACAGUAUGGAGAAUAUGUAUACUGAUGUUAGGGUGUGAAGGGUUGCUUUAAGGCCAAGGAAAUAGCAAACUCAGGUUUUCUUCCUUAUAAGCUGUUUAAUUUGAUUAUUUUGUUUUAUUUCUCAUAAUCCUCCCCUCCAGCUGCAUAUUCCUUUGUGCAAGAUCAUAAAUAUUCACAUCUUUGCAUUAAGAGUUAAACAUUUGUCUUAAUUUCCCUAUCACCUAGAUCCUAAUUUCUCUUCCCUCUAGUGACAAAGACACUCAACUGAAGCGUUUGAUGGAAAGAAAUAACUUCACACAAAAUGAUGCUGAACAGAGAAUAAAUGCUCAGAUAUCACUGAAUGAAAAAUGUCGUAGAGCAUCUUAUAUCAUUGACAAUUCUUCCGACAGGGAGAAUACUGAGACACAAGUGAAAAGACUCUAUGAAAAAUUGAACAAAUCGUAUGCAUAUCUACCUGUCCGUGGAUUUGCUUUUUUACUACUUGGUUUGAUCCUGUAUUUUUUCAGUUUUUUAGUUAGUAAGUUACUGGUUGGCUGAUAAAAAUUAUUUUCAGACAAAGGUGCUCCUCAUCAUCUAGACAAUGUUAUCAGUCAGACUAGAUGUUCCUCGUUUUCUGAAUUAGAAGGAUUUUAGACAAGUUUGGUUGCUAUUUAACCAGCUUGUGUAUUCAUUUGGUAGAAGUAUCGUUAGAUAUAAUGACAUAAAAUUUGUUUCUGGAAACAGUGAUCCCAUGGUUUCUCUUUUUCCCAAAGUUGUGAUUUCUAAAGGGAAGAUUAUUUUGUCCUACUAUGUAUUGUUCAUGGCUGCCCAGGUCUCACAGAGUUUCUUACUCGUCUUGCUUCAAGGUUCUUUCAAUGUUUUUGUAUAGAACAUUAUAGACCAGUUUCUGGUUCCCUGUUCCAAAAUAACAAUUCCUGGAUUUCCAUUCUCUAUUUUUUAUUUCUGGACUUCAACUUUCCGUAUACGAUGUAUCAGAUCUCUCUGCCGUGUGCAGAUUAAAAGUCAAUCCGAAUUACAACCAGUGGUUAACUUGUGCUGGUUUGUUCUGAGCUGUUGUACUAAUCGUUUUCUAGACUUGGUAGCAAUCUGUGUAAGAAUUUCAAAUUGGAAAUUGUGAGUAUCACAAUACUACUC